AAUAAAAAUAAAGGAAACGUCUGUAAACAGUAUAUGAAAGUACAAUUAAAGUAUUUAAUUAUAAAAACAGUUGUUUUAAUUAUUAUUUAGUAUAAUUAUUUUUGUAUGUUAAGUUGAAAGUUAAAUAAUUAUUAGGAUAAUAAGUUUUAUUUAAAAAAUCAAAAUGGGGCCACCGAAACGCGUAAAAAAAGAUGAUCGUACGAAAUCAAAAAAACGCAAAGAAGAAGAUGAUUACAAUGAUGAUGAUUACGGUGAAAAUAUUGACACUGAUGGUAUACCAGACGCUGCUAAAAAUGAUGCUGAAAAAAUGGAUGAAAAUGCUCUGGAGGAUGAAUUCGGUGCGAAAGAUUAUCGUUCACAGAUGAUAUUAAAGCCAGAUAAUGCACUGAGACCUCUAUGGGUUGCGCCAAAUGGUCAUAUUUUUUUGGAAUCAUUUUCACCAGUUUAUCGACACGCUCAUGAUUUUUUAAUUGCUAUCUCAGAACCUGUUUGUCGACCUGAGCAUAUUCAUGAGUACAAAUUAACAGCUUACUCACUCUACGCAGCAGUGAGUGUCGGAUUGCAAACCCAUGAUAUAAUUGAAUAUUUAAAAAGAUUAAGUAAAACGAGUAUUCCCGAUGGUAUAAUUGAAUUUAUACAGUUAUGUACACUAUCAUACGGCAAAGUGAAAUUAGUCUUGAAGCACAACAAAUAUUUCGUCGAGUCACCAUUUCCUGACGUACUUCAAAAAUUACUAAAAGAUCCAGUUAUCCAAGAAUGCCGUCUCCGUAAAAAAGUCGAUGAUCCUGAGAAAGACGGCUUGAUAACGAACAUCCAAACUAAAACAGCUGCCCCGCAAUUCGGUGCUAAACCACUGGCAGUGAACCCAGCAGCAUCCAGCACUGGUGACACUAAAGAUCCAGCUGCUGAAACAGCUCCUGUACCUGAAGACAUUACAAAAUUUUUUGAUAAAAUGGACAAAGAAGAUGAAGACGAAGAGGAAGACCAGCAACUAAAAAUAGUUAGUUUUGAAGUCAAUCAAGAAAAAAUAGAAGUAAUUCAAAAGCGUUGCAUCGAAUUAGAGUACCCACUGCUAGCAGAGUAUGAUUUCCGAAAUGACACAAUCAAUCCAGACAUAAACAUUGACUUGAAACCAUCAGCAGUAUUGCGGCCAUACCAAGAAAAAAGUUUACGCAAAAUGUUCGGUAAUGGACGCGCACGUUCUGGGGUCAUCGUCUUGCCCUGCGGUGCUGGUAAAAGUUUAGUUGGGGUCACAGCAUGUUGUACUGUACGCAAACGUGCUCUCGUACUCUGUAAUUCGGGUGUAUCAGUCGAACAAUGGAAGCAACAGUUUAAAAUGUGGUCGACUGCCGAUGACUCGAUGAUCUGCCGGUUCACCAGCGAAGCCAAAGACAAACCAAUGGGUUGCGGAAUACUUGUGACAACUUAUUCCAUGAUAACUCACACGCAGAAACGUUCAUGGGAAGCUGAGCAAACAAUGAAAUGGUUGCAGGAACAAGAAUGGGGUAUUAUGGUUUUAGAUGAGGUGCAUACGAUACCCGCUAAAAUGUUCCGUCGUGUAUUAACUAUUGUACAGUCGCAUUGUAAAUUAGGUUUGACUGCAACACUAUUGCGAGAAGAUGAUAAAAUAGCAGACUUGAAUUUUUUGAUUGGUCCUAAAUUGUAUGAGGCCAAUUGGUUGGAAUUACAGAAACGUGGUUUUAUUGCGCGGGUACAGUGUGCUGAAGUUUGGUGUCCGAUGACACCUGAAUUCUAUCGGGAAUAUUUGAACUGUAAAAUGAGCAGAAAAUUGUUACUGUACGUUAUGAAUCCAAGUAAAUUUCGUGCUUGUCAAUAUUUGAUACGUUAUCAUGAAAGACGUGGUGACAAGACGAUUGUAUUCUCUGAUAAUGUGUUCGCGUUGAAACAUUACGCGAUUAAAAUGAACAAGCCGUAUAUUUAUGGGCCAACUAGUCAGAAUGAACGAAUUCAAAUUUUACAAAAUUUCAAAUUUAAUACUAAAGUUAACACGAUAUUUGUAAGUAAAGUUGCUGAUACGUCAUUUGAUUUGCCAGAGGCAAAUGUGCUGAUACAAAUUUCAUCGCAUGGUGGAUCAAGAAGACAAGAGGCGCAGCGAUUGGGACGGAUUUUGAGAGCCAAAAAAGGCGCGAUUGCUGAAGAAUAUAAUGCGUUCUUUUAUACAUUAGUAUCACAGGAUACUGUUGAAAUGAAUUAUUCAAGAAAACGUCAGCGGUUUCUUGUCAACCAGGGGUACGCGUAUAAAGUUAUCACUAAAUUGUCAGGAAUGGAUGAAGAGCCAGAUUUGUUUUAUAAAACUAGAGAGGAACAGGGUCAAUUAUUGCAGCAAGUUUUGCUAGCCAGUGAUACGGAUGCUGAUGAGGAAAGAAUUCCGGGUGAUGGUCCUCGUCCUAUUAUGAGAAAAGCUGGAAACUUAGCAUCGAUGUCUGGAGCAGACGAUGCAGUUUAUUACGAGUAUAAAAAAUCAGCGUCUUCAUCGACAGCGAAUAAACAUCCGUUGUUUAAGAAGUUUAGAUCAUAACUUUUUUGUUUAAUAUGGAAGAUAUUGAAAAUGUAUCUAAUUUAUUUAAAUUAUAAUAAAUUUGUUACUGAUAUUAAGCGACGAAAGAAACAUGAAAGAGUUGAUUUCUAAGAUUACUCGAGUAAUUUUGGAUUUUAAUUCUAGUAGAUUAUCGUCGAGUUGAACAAUUUUGAGGAGUUGAGGCUGAGUAAAGAAGUAAAUGAGUAGAGUUAUAACGAUUUUCCUUGAGUAGAGAUGUUGUGAGUAAACAUAUCAAUACAAAUAUAAACUUAUUUUGUUCACAACGGUUUUCAGAUAAUUUUGUCCCAGCUUUUCUCUGAAAUAAAAGCUCUAAACGCAAAAUAAAGACACAGACCCGAUGCUUUACUCUAUGAACUAGUGAAGUGCACUUGAAUUUUUCGAUAAUUUCCAUUUCUUUACGAGAAAAGCUUGGACAAAGUUCCUAUUUAAUGUACAAGUGCAACAGAGAUAGUACCGUUUAUCCAGUUGAGUGCGAAUAGAGAAACAAAUGAAAACGCGUCUUAAAUAAUUUGAUAUGAAAUCAUAUUUUUAAAAAAUUGAUUUCUAUAGUUGGGGCCAUCUGUUUUUUUUUUUUUGCAAUUCUAUGAUUCAUAUCCGACAAACCACUUGCUACAUGUAAUUGCUUCGGUAGCGCAGUAGGCAGCGCGUAAGUCUCAUAAUCUUAAGGUCGUGAGUUCGAUCCUCACCCGGAGCAUUACUUUUGUUUUUAUUUGCAAAAAUCUAAUAUAAUUUUUGGUAAAAUUUUUUUUUUAAUUUAAUUUAAAUUAAUAACGAAGACUUAAAACAUAACACAAAGGAUUUUGUUUAUGCAUUUUAAAUAAUUAGGUAUGUCGUUUACUUUUUAAAAAAUUAAAAUUUGUUAAGCUAAUUUUUUUUUUUUAAUUUAAAUUUUACACAACUUGACACAAAUUUAAUGGAAACAAUUGACAUGAUUUAUUUAAAUAGCAUGAAAACUAAAUUUAUAGAAGAUAAUUUUGUAAAUUUAAAAAAAUGUUACUGAAAAGAUAUUGACUAUAAAAUAUGUACUAGA